GGAACGCCUUGUCGUUUAAAUCUUAAUGGCGCACGAGAUCAUUCAGCCAACAUUUUCACCACGAAAAUAUUGUCAAGUUUGACCCAAAAAAUCUGGUAAAUAGUGAAAGAAAGACUCGGAAUGGCAUUGUUUGGGGUUCAAUUUGUGUUGAGUGUUGUUAUGGCAACCUUGUUGCAGAAGUUUUCUCCAUUUAUUUCCCUUGGACGUUGGAUUCUUUGCAAUAAUCACCUUGUUCGAUAUCUCCAUCCAACUGAUGAUGAACUUAAGGGAUUGAUUGGAAAAAACUCUGUUGCUACAGGCAAGAAUAAAGGAAAAAAAGCAGCACCAACAGAUACAAGAAAACGGCAGAGUAAUGCAGCAGCUGUUGGGAGUAACAACGACGAGGUCAAGACUUUUACUGUCCCGUGCAACAUUGAUGUCCAUCUAGACAAGGCUACGAUUGAAGAGAUUGACUUGUUGCCUCAGUUUCUUUACACAGACUACAAAUGGAUGGUCGAUUUCUCCUUCUGUGCGGCUGUGAUAAACGUCCUUGUUGAAAUCUUUGCUUUCUUUCUUCCUGAAAUCUAUACUCAGGAACUUAAUUUGGCGCUUGUAUGGAACUGUCUCGUCAUCUUUUUUGCUCUUAAGGUGUUGUUUUCCUUGGCCGCAGCUUAUUGGAGGGGGGAUGACACAGGCGAGCGAUCCAUGUGCCUCACUUUCGGUUUGUUCUUUUUUGUGGUUGCUAUGGCUGUUCUUGUGAUCGACGAGUCUCUUCUGGACUUCGGACUUGACAAAGGUUACGAGACGUUUUCAGAAAAAGCGACCGAGUUUAUGGAGAAACAAGGGCUGUCUUCCAGAGGUCCCGCCCCAAAGUGGAUGUUUAAACUGUUCCUGGCCGUAGCUUCAGCCAUCCUUGGUGCAUUUCUUAGUUUUCCUGGCAUGCGUUUGGCCAAUAUGUAUCUGGAUUCACUGUUCUACUGCAGGGAGACACGUAUUAUGUUGGUUCUUCUCCAUGUCAACUUCCUGGCUCCUAUGUUCCUUAUUUUCCUGUGGGUGACGCCCAUCUUGCAAGGACCUUUGGUAACAGGCUCGUGGCAUGACGACAUCGACGACAAGAAUGCUAAACCAGUAUUGACAGAAAAGGGUUACUACAACCUUCGUUACAUCCUGCUGUUGCUGUUCUGCGUCUUGCGGUUGAGUUUGGUUUGGCGACAUCUCCAGUCCUAUCUUGAUAUGGCACACGAAAGGAUUGAAAAGAUGAAGAAAGAAACUGGACGAAUCACUAACGUGGAGCUGCAGCGAAAGGUUGCGCGCGUGUUCUACUAUCUGUCUGCCGCUGCCCUUCAAUAUCUGGCGCCGACUCUUCUUCUUCUCUUUUCCGUUCUUAUGCUACGAACUCUCGGUUGUUCUGACUGGAACAGUAAUCCUGUGGGUGCCUCCCGAAUUCAGUAUUCAUCUUUUAUAUCAAACAGUACCAGAGAAGCAGCGCUAAAUCUGCGGGCAGUCCUCACACCUGCUCUGUUCCAGGGGAUCAUGUCGUACAUGGUUUGGUGGUUGUGCACCUCAUGGCUCAUUACUACAGUUUUCGGAGUUGUCUAUCUAAAGAUUUUUGAGGCAAGUUGAUCAAGGUCUUCCGUGAUCACGAAAAAUGGCGGAAAUUCUCAGAGAGUGAGCUGCAUCGUGGAGAAAUGGGACGAGAACGAGGCUGAGGUUGACAUGUUAUGGAAAUGACAAGUUUUCCUUAUUUGGUGCCGUGUACGGAGUCACUUCCGCAGAUCACGAGAGAAUAGGGGAACUUAUUAUAAUUAAUAAACCUUUACGUUCCUCUUCUGUUUCUGAGGACUCGUGGAAACUUUCCCAUGUCCUGUCAUUCUUGACAUAAGAAAUGAAUCAAUUAAUCAGA